GCCUCCUCCACACGCAGUCCGCACCACUGCUGCGCUAAAAUCGAUGCUCCUCCCGUGGCAGCAGGGGCGGCGAGGCGCAUGUGUCCCAGUGGCUUGACUUUCACAGCUGAGGCAAGAUGUCGGCGACGGCGGCUGCCUUCGUCUGCUUUGCUGUGGUGGCGGUGGUGGCAGGACCCACUGAUGUCCCCCCUGCCCUUACCCGAGUUCCGGCCAACACAGUCACUAGUGCAAAUACAACCAACACCCCAGGCAUCAUCCAAGACACCACCACACACUCACCCUCAGCACCAGAGUCACAGCCGCCACCAAAUACUAAAAAGAGGGCGGGGGCAGGCGCGUCCCCACAGCUCACAGACGAAGGUGCAGUCGACAUCCCGCCUCGCCGCCACUCGCCUUCAGGGGGGGGCGUCGGGAACACGGAGCUUUUAGCUGCCAGUGCGAGGAUCGAGGACACCAACAACAAGAUGGAGAAGGACAGUGUUAUUAGUGACGUAGUGUACGAAGAGCUGCCGGUGCCCAUGGCCCUGAAAGGAACAGAUACCAGCGGGUACAUACGGAGCGAUGGCACUUACAUAGUGAACGACGACGACGGCGUGAGCUGCGUGAUGUUUUACUUCAAGGCCAACGUCAACAUCUACUACCCUGACACGAAGGGCGACUACCUGAACACUAAAGUCUACACCCCUGACAACGCGGAUGUGAGUGGUACAUGCGACAGGGUAGGGAAGGUUUCCGAGAUCAGCGUCUCCUGGGGGGCCUUCAUUCUCUCCCUCGCCUUCGGGCAAGAUGACGUCACCGACACGUGGUUCGUCUCCAGAUUUAACCUCACAUACAGCCUAAAUGAUGCCAAGUUCCCCAACGCUGCCCAGGGUAUCGGGCAGGUCUCGGCGGUGAGUAAACCUGGACGCAAGUGGUGGCAGACGAGCAACGCGCGUUCCUUCCGCUGCCUGGUGGUGCACGACGUGAGGCUGACCGACGCCGCCAACCACACUGCUAUCCUGCAUUUCGACGAGGUGCGCGUGCAGGCCUUCAACAGCGAGCCUAUCUUCAGGACGCCCAAGCACUGCAAGCACCGCGUUCACCGGGACGAAAUGGUGCCGGUGACGGUGGGCGGAGUGUUGGCAGGCUCCACGCUGCUCACCAUCCUCGCGUACGGCAUCUUCAGGUACUUCAAGAUCAAGAAGGUUCAGUAUGACAUCAUGGAGUGACGUGCCCCAGCCCCGCCCUCCUCCCCUCGUCUCCCGAUUCGCCCAACCGACCCAUCCCCCUUGCACGGUAUUUGAUCCUUCGUAACCAGCCUCCGUGAUCCUCCUUACCACUCAGAGGCUCCUGUGUGAUAAGCAGCGCCAUGACUAGCCUCCAUUGAGUCGCGGGAGGUUCAUCCAUAAGCCAGCAGAUGUUUUAGAGUGUAUCACGUUUCCGCGGCACGAUUACUGUAAUGUUUUUUUUUUUUUUUUUCAUUUUUUUGGGGGACAUCACGUGUAAAGCAGCCCCUCACAUAUGCUUAGUGUGGGUUAGUUUUGGUUAGAUAAAGUUUAAGUUCUCUCUCUCUCUCUCUCUCUCUCUCUCUCUCUCUCUCUCUCUCUCUCUCUCUCUCUCUCUCUCUCUCUCCAUCUAUAUA